AUGAGCGCUGCGGACGAAGAAAUAGAAGCUGAGCCUGAGCACGAUCCACGGGCAAAGAUGAAGUCCGUGCUCAGCUAUUGGGAGUCGGUGACCAAAGACGACUGCUCGCUGAGCAAGUUCGAUGUUGGCUUCUUGGAGCACAAAAUAUUGUCCUGGUCCAUCCAAGACGUCUUCAACAAGGACCUCCUUAAACAGCAGGUCCACAGGAUUCCUGAUACCUUCAUGUCGCUGCAUGCUUACUUGGACUCAUUUAAGGGCCCUCUGAUUGAAGAAGUACAUUAUGAUGUCUUUUCGUCAUUGAACGGUUAUGCUCAUGCAAACUUUAUAGAGAUAAUCCGACUGGAGAGGCUUAGUGAUGGGAAAUCAAUAUUCUGUUUCGAGGUUUCCAUGCCGUCCAAGGACGAGAAGUCAAGGGAGAUUUAUGUCCCCAAACAUGGGGAUAUAAUAGUUGUGUCCUCGCAGAAACCAAAGCAUGUGUCCGAUCUGACAAAGAAUAGAGCAUCGUACAAUUUAGGUUCGGUUCUAAAAUCUGGAGAUGAAGAAGACAGUGAUUUGCCACCAAAUUGCUGUAUUGUUCGGUUUCGAUCAGCUGUUCAUGUGGAAGUAGAUCCGGAAACAAGCAUGCCUACAGGGCCAUGUUUUGCUGUCUUUCUCAUAAAUAUCAAGACAUACGAUCGCAUAUGGAAGCACCUUCACUUGGGAGCAAAUGAUCAUAAGUUUGCAGCACUUCAGGGCAGAGGGGCUAAUACAGCUAUUGUCAAUCUGGUGUGGCAGUACAAGAAACAGGCAGCUGAAGAUGGUACCUUGUCAUUCCCCCAGCUCUCUCAAUGCCUCACUCGUAAAUCAGUUGAUGACCUUGGCCUUGAGAAGUUCCACCUAAAUGAUUCACAGCUGAAUGCUGUAGCUGACUGUGUCUCAUCAGCAAUAGAGAAUCGGCCGCCUUCCCUAAAACUAAUAUGGGGACCCCCUGGGACAGGAAAAACAAAAACCAUCAGUACUAUCCUCUGGACAAUGCUCAUGAAGAUGAAGGGCUUAAGGACACUUACCUGUGCCCCUACUAACACUGCUGUGUUGGAAAUUGCAUCUCGAAUUGUCAGGCUUGUUGAGCAGUCUUCAGAUGGCAGUGUCUGCUUUCUCAAUGACAUUGUCCUGUUUGGAAACAAAGAAAAGAUGAAAAUACGUCAUGAGGAUGAUCUUUCCAUGAUCAUCUUGAGAAUCCUAUUACCAGUUACAGGCUGCAUGUUGAGAAAAUACUUGAAGAUGAAAGGAAAAAAGGAGAGCACUAAGGAAAAUACAUGUGAAGAUGGAAUUUGUAAAGCACGUGAUGUGGGUGACAACUCUGCGAGGGCUUCUUGUGUUUCGCUAUCAGAGCCCUCUGCAAAGGAUAGGCACAAGCUUAUCCAGGGUGAAGCACCCCCACGUUACCCUUUGCGUUCAAAACCCAACUCCAAAGAUCAUCUUCUCGCACCCCUCUCGGUGCUCCACAAGACAACCCAUAUCUGGCGUGAAGACGAGGACAAUAAGGGAGGAUGCCAUGGUUCUGGAGCAAUGGAGAGUACAUUCAGAAUACCGCCAUUCAAAGAUUAUUUCAACAAGGCAUCAAAUAAGUUGAGAGAGUGCAUUGAGAUAAUGUACAAUGAUCAUCCACGGAAUCCAGAAACAGGACACAGCUUUCAGUGCAUGCCGGAGGUGCUUGAAUUGAUUGAAAUUCUUCAGAAACUGAUAAAUUAUGAAAAUGAUGAUAGAACAAAAUGCAUUCUCUGUACAGUUUCUAGUUCAUUCAGGUUGUACAAUGUGCCCUUGGGCAAUUCUUCUACAGAUAUUUGCAGUUUGCUCACAAAGCCUGAAAGAUUCAAGCUUUUGGACAUGCUGAUCGUGGAUGAGGCUGCACAGCUCAAAGAGUGUGAGACCUUAAUUCCUUUGCAGCUGCCUGGCAUAAGGCAGGCCGUGUUCAUUGGGGAUGAAUAUCAACUACCUGCUCUGGUGAAAAGCAAAUUUUGCAGAUACCUACUGAAUGUUCAAUACAGGAUGCAUCCAGAAAUAAGCAAGUUUCCAGUUGUGACAUUUUACGAUGGCAACAUAUCUGACGGUCCCAAUGUCACUAAUGGGGGACAUGAAACAACUGAGAAGCAUGGCCAGAGCCUUAAAAACACAGUAGAAGUUGCUGCAGUAGUGCGGAUAGUCCAGAGAUUGUUCAAAGAGUCAGUGUCCACACGUAGCAAGCUCUCAGUUGGUGUUGUGUCCCCAUAUAAUGCUCAAGUUAGAGCUAUCCAUGAAAAAGUGGGGAAAUCCUAUCACACAUACGAUGGUUUCUCCGUGAAAGUGAAAUCAGUGGAUGGUUUCCAAGGCGCAGAGGAAUAUAUCAUUAUCAUAUCUACAGUGAGGAGCAAUGGAGCUGGUUCGGUUGGGUUUCUUACAAACCUGCAGAGGACCAAUGUGGCUUUGACAAGGGCUAAGCAUUGUUUAUGGAUAGUAGGAAAUGGUACGACUUUGUCCAACAGCAAGUCUGUUUGGCAAAAAAUAGUGAAGGAUGCACGUGAUCGAGGUUGCUACUUCGAAGCCAGCGACGACAAGGAUCUGUCAAAUGCAGUAGUCACGGCCAUCAUUGAGCUUGAUGAUGCCGAGAAUUUAGUGAGAAUGGACUCGCUGCAUAUAAGCAGGCCGAGGUCUCAGUUUCAGGUCCUAAGUACCUUUCAUGAGAGGUCUGAAGCUCUCAAGUCGAAGUGGCAUCAAGAUGGUCCCUUGGCGUUUGGGAACCGAACUUGCAGUAUGACGUGGGUGGUGUUGUGA